CCGGAAUCGGUUCCUUGCACUGCACCCAUGCUGUUCAGAGCGUAAAGUGACACUCUUAAUCAAAUCACUUCCGACUAGCCGGCAGUCGCUUAAAAAAAAUAGAAUCAGUUGUCGGUUAUAGCGCGAUUUAUGAACGUCCGAGCAAAGUUUUUCUUGCCGUUACAAUAAUUUUGAAUUUUGUUGGAUUUUUUGGCCGAUCGAGGAUGUGGGAAAGUUAGUUAAGACUACUAAGUUUUGUGUGAAGACGUUUUUGGUGUUUGCUGGAAAUGGCGAAAGGGAUUAAAUCAGCUAUGUCCGUGGACAAAAAGAAAGCCAUAGAAGAAGAUGACAUAAUAUCUGCUUCGAUUGGAAAUUUCGGGAAAUGGCAGCUGCUCCACACCUUCCUGCUAUCCCUGUUCAACAUACCCUGUACGUGGCACAUCUUUGUGCCGACCUUUCACGCCGCCGAGAGAGACAUCUGGUGCGCGCGACCCGAAAAAUUCCGAAACGUCUCGCCGAAUUUGUGGAAAAACUGUAGUGGUCAAAGUGAGGAAGAGUUUUGUACGUUUCAUGACGUGGUGAACGUGUCGAACGAUUGUUUUUUCGGAAACGUUAGUGACCUUGAGAGGAUUAAGUGUUCCAAGUGGGAGUUCGCAGGAGAAGGUUCCACUAUUAUAUCUGAUUUCAACUUGAUAUGCGACAGAGAGAGCCUAACAAGCCUCGGAGAAAUGAUGUUUCUGGCGGGUGUGGCAAUAGGAGGAUUGGUUUGCGGAAUUCUGUCCGACAAAUAUGGAAGAAAACGAACACUGAUGGCUUCCGUUCUGAUACAAAGUGUACUCGGCACUAUCAUCGCUUUCAGUCCCUGGUUUUUCUUCUACGCCAUCUUUCGAGCAAUGCUGGGCUUCAUUUCCGUUUCCGUAGUCUUCAGUGGAUUCGUUCUCUGCAUGGAGCUAGUGGGAGGCGACUGGAGAACAAUAUCCGGUAUAUCAUAUCUAUUUCCCGUUUCUGGGAGUUACGUCACUAUAUCCGGGAUAGCUUAUCUGUUGAGAAAAUGGAGACAUCUUCAGUUGGCCAUAUCCUUACCUGGAUUUCUUUUUCUCAUAUUAUGGUUCGUCCUUCCCGAAUCCCCUAGAUGGCUCUUGGCUAUGGGUCGUACUGAUGAAGUGAUGAAAAUCCUGGAAGACGCGGCAAAGAUGAAUAACAGAACAUUGCCGCCAAAUUUAGACAAACAGCUGCAACCGGAAUCAGUUGAACAAGAAACCGAAAACGUGAACGUUCUGGAUCUGUUCAAAACGGCCCACAUGAGGAAGAAGACGUUUUGCCUCUUUUUGAUUUGGUUUAGUGUCUACUUAGUAUAUUAUGGAUUGGUCCUCAAUCUGGGCAACAUUGGAGGAAACUUAUACGUGAACUCAGUCCUGCAAGGUGUUGUCGAAGUACCAGCAGUGGCCAUCAGCAUAUUCAUCCUCCUGAAAGGCGGCAGGCGUUGGCCCCUCUUCCUGACCAUGGCAAUCUCGGGGACGGCUUGCGGUCUCACAGUGCCCAUCUACUUGUCCACCGCCAAGCUCCAGUGGGUGGUCACUACUCUGACCAUGAUCAGCAAGUUCUGCAUCAGCUCCUCCAAUGCCAUCAUGCCCGUCUUCACUGCCGAGCUGUAUCCGACGACGAUAAGGAACAUAGGAGUGGGAGCGGCUAAUGUCACGGCGGGUAUUGCGCUAAUGUUGGUGCCUUAUUUGUGGCGUUUGGCAGCCUUCCAUGACAGCAUUCCGAUGGCUAUGUUAGCUCUCUUUGGAAUCGUAGGAGGCCUCUCAGUUCUACUCUUACCAGAAACCGGUGGGGUGCCGUUGAUGGAUACCCUCAAAGAAGAGGAAGUAGGCCGAAAAAUGUCCAUUGCAGAACUGACUGAGACGAAGAGGAUAAACAACAACUGUUUCUCAUAGUGGUUACUAGAAGAGACUUCCAAUUGAGAGACAUGACCGAAUGAACAUUGUCUGGUGUUUCAGAGUGGAGGUCCAGGUAGUGAACCCUGAGGGGUACCAAUGAAACAAAAAUGUUCCGAAUGGCGACUAGAACGUUGUUAUUUGAAAUGGACUGUACUUUUCACGUUAUUGAAGAGAUUACCAAAGUAUUUUUAUUGUUCAGUGCUAGUUGUACUUAAAUUUAGAUUGGUGUUUGUGAGAGUUUCCGUGGAUUAUAGUUAAAACCGUAGACAUUUUUGCCACACGUGAAUCUUAAUUUGGUACAAUAUUGAUUUUUAUUGAGCUAUGUAUGGGCACAAUAUCAACAAUAUUUUGAAGAA